AUGAAAGAAACAAAACGAAACGGCAGCCCGGAAUCGAACGCCGUUUUGACGGGUAUACUAUUUACUAAUACAGACUAUACUGUCAAACACAACAGUCUAUUUGAUAAUUUCACAACUCUGCCUCGUCAUAUCUCGGUCCCGACACAUACUGGUACGACUCUUGCAGUCGAUAAGGGUGAAGAUGCAUUUGACCCGAUUUCCCUGAGUUCGCUGAUCGCUGUGGGCGUGUCUUUAGCGGAAAAUCUCAUGCCGAAGAAAACUCUAAUAUAA